AUGUCGAGCUCUCACCCGCGUCCCAAGCGCACAGGUGAAGAUUUCACCCGGACACAUCAUGAGCAUGGCCAAGACGAAACCGAAGACGGGCCCUCAGAGAAGAAACCGCGAUUCGACCUGCGCAACCCAUCCGCACUUGCGCCCGACGUUCUCGACGAUGAUCCGAUAUUAGACGCAGACGAGAUAGGCCGGAGAGGCCAAAAGGUGCGCCGCAAAGCUGUCAAUAUCGACGGAUACGAUUCGGACAGUGACAAUGAAGGGUUCUCGGGUCGUAUGGAGGAAAAGUCGAAGCGCAGCCAGAAACAGGAGGCCGAAGAUGACGAUAUGUUCGCAGAGCUACAAGAAGACUUUGGUGAGGAGGAAAUUGACGCUGAUGAGGCAAUGCGCAAAAACAAAAAGAGUGUCCGCUUCCUGCGCAACGAUGAGAUUGAAGGCCAGGUUGCGUCUUCAAAAGGUGGAAGGACACUACAUGCGGAUUUGAGCAAGGGCGCCGAUGAAGUGGACUCAGACAAAGGGGAAGAAAGCGAAAGCGAAAGUGAAGUUGGAGAAGAAGAACGCGCCAAAGUCGAUGAUGAGAUGGACGAGGAGCUCGGCGCAGGCGCCAAGAAGAAACAUGCACCAUUGCUGGACGCUUUCAAUAUGAGCACCGAGCAGGAAGAAGGCCGAUUCGAUGACCAAGGAAACUACGUUCGCAAAGCAGUGGAUCCAGAUGCUGUUUACGACUCAUGGCUGGACGGUGUUUCUAAGAAGGAUAUCCGGAAGGCCAAAGAGGCCGCGGAGAAACGAGAGGUUGAGAGAAAGGAAAAGGACCGGCUGGAUGAUAGCGUUCUUACAUCUGAUGUCUUGAAGACGAUCAUCACCCAUCUUGAACGCGGCGAGACAAUCUUGGAGGCCCUGGCGCGACUCGGGAAAGGUCUCCAACGCAAGCCUAAAUGGCAGAAUAAAAAGAAAAGCAAGAAGACCAACGGAGCCGAGGAUACCGAGAUGGCUGAUGAAAAUUCUGAUGAAUCUAUCCGAAGGCGAGCAAUUGAUGCUAUUACUGGCGCCGCCGACAUUCUAAUGGGCCGGGAUCAACCUGAGAUCUACGACACCGAGCGUGAACUUCUGACCCGGCAAUAUCGUAAUGAGACGGGCGAAAGCUGGGUCGAUCCGCCAUCAACUGCUGCGCAGAGCUCCCCCGAGCUAACAGGGCCCGUGAUGUGGGAAUAUAGGUGGUCCGAUGCCCGCGACGGCGGCGAUGUACAUGGGCCCUACGAGAGUACCAUGAUGGACUCAUGGAUGAAUGCUGGGUAUUUUGGCGAAGGCGUGGAAUUUCGCCGCUUCGGAAAUACCGGGCCAUGGAGCAGCACAGUGAACUUUGUGUAA